CCUCUCAGACCAGCUGGUCACACAAAGACCACCUAAUCUCUCUCUCUAAUCCGAAACCAGAGGCAGCGCCGGAAGCAGCAGCGGCAGUAGCUAGCGACACACAACAACUACAGCAAGCACACGGGAGGAGGAAGAAGAAGGCUCUGCAGUUCUACACUUCUACUUCUGCACGCAUGGGGAACUGCGCCAUCACGCACCAGGCCACCUCGUGGGCGGACGACGGCGAGUGGGAGCUGCCGUCGCCCGGCGACGAGGACGAGGGGCAAGCGGAGCAGAGGAAGGAGCACGUCAGCGAGGUGACCAUCAGGAUCAGCAAGCGGCAGCUGCAGGAGCUGGUGGACAAGAGGGCCGACGACGGCGUCUGGAAGGGCCGGCGGUCGGCGUCGGAGCUUCUGACGGACAUCAUGAACGCCGGGGAGGUGCACCACCACGUCGACCACUGCAGGGCGGCGCACUGGAAGCCCGCUCUGCAGAGCAUCCCGGAGGCGGUGGAGUCGUGACGCUACGCCCAGUGACGCGUCCCGGCCAUGGCUUUCGAUCGCCGGGUUUGGGCUUCUCGUCUCCUUCUUGGUUGCUUCUUCGCCGUGUCGACCUUUGGUAGAACACACAGCUUUUAUGCGGCCUUUUUGUGUUAUUAUUCUUUGGUUUGGAUCCAACGAACAAUGUAUAUAGUAGGGAAAGUGGUGAUGUAAAUUGUAAAGUAGAUCAAUGUUCUUCUGUCCAUACGGCUUUUUGUGUGUGGAACAAACCAAGCAUUCUCAGUC